AGAGAUGGCUAAAGUUUUAUCCCGGAGACAAACACUUAUCUAUUGACGUGUCUAUGGUACCUUACUUUGGGAAACAUGGCGCAAAGCAACACAUUCACGGGAAGCCCAUACGUUUUGGAUACAAGAUUUGGUCAUUAUGUACUCGAUUGGGGUAUCUAAUUCAUGGAGAACCCUACCAAGGAGCAAAAACUGGAAAUACUAAUCCAAAUCUAGGCGUUGGAGGUUCUGUGGUAACGAAUUUGAUUGCAAAACUACCAAGUGAUAAUCACUACAGUGUCUAUGUUGAUAAUUUUUUCACUUCCUUACGUUUAUUAGACGAGGUAAGCCAGAUGGGUCACGAUAUCACUGGAACAUUGCGGGCUAAUAGAACGGAAGGCGCCCCACUAAAAGACAUAAAGGAGAUGAAAAAGACAACAAGGGGAUCCCACCACCAAAUUACUGAUUUAUCGUCCAACACGACAUUAGUCCGCUACAACGAUAACAACAUCGUAACUAUUGCCUCAACGGAAAGCGGUGUUCAUCCUGUUGGUAAGGUAAAGAGGUGGUGCGGCAAUAAAAGAGUAGACGUAGAUCAACCGCAUUGUUAUCUAUUAUAUAAUAAAUAUAUGGGCGGGGUCGACCGACUCGACCAAAAUGUUGGAAAAUAUAGAAUUGCAAUAAGACUGAAGAGAUGGUACUGGCAAAUGAUGAUGUUCCCUAUAAAUGUAUGUGCUAAUAAUGCCUUCCAGUUAUACCGACUUUCACCUGCAGGCCAAGCUAAAGAUGCUCAUGAUUUCUUGUCAUUUACAAGAUACAUAGUUCAGACUUAUUUGAUACUUGGCAAAUCUUCUACAUCCAUACCAAAACGAAUUGGAGGCAAGACACCGGCAACUACUAAAAGUAAACUGCCGGAUUCAGUAAGACUCGAUGGGAAGGACCAUUAUAUUAUUAGAAAUGAAACUCAAAUUCGAUGCCGCGAAUGUCACAAGAAUACAAAAUUCAAAUGCAGUAAAUGUGGAGUUGGGGUCCAUCAACAUUGCUCUCAAGCUUUUCAUACCAUAAAAUAAUAUUGUUUUUUCUCUAUUUCAACCAAGAUUUUUAGCUGACGUCCAUAAUUGAUCUCAUAUUUUGUAAUGUUUAACACGUUCGCGCGCGGUACGUCGGUGGGCGAUAGAAGAUAAAAAAACUAACGCGACACUACGUCGACAGUCGUCCAAGUUUGAAAUCUAGUAAUCCACCGACGUCGACGGGUGGUAUUGUUUCCUAUUAAAUAUUAGCGGGAAAUUUUUUUUGUCCCCGUACGAACCCUCAGAAAUUUGCUAGUGUCACAUUGAAUGGUAAAAACUUACUAGAAAGGGACAGCCAUAUCUCCACUACAUUGACAAUUGUAAUACACACUGCACACAGACACAACGUCCGUCGGCUGUCGCGGUCAAUAGACUUUGGUUCACUCGUUCGAUCAGUGCGCAUUUGCCAGCGAAUUGGAGUGGGUGCGUGCGAGUUUUGCGCGGUUUCAAGAUGGAAUCUAAUGACCCAUACCAAAGACAACAAAAUCGUAUACAAAAAUUGUUUGACGAAGCUUCAUCGUCAGAAUCUAGCCAAGAUCCUUAUGCAGAUGAUGGAGAAUAUGGUUCCGACCAAUGCUACGUACAUUCUGAUGAAGAUAAUUGCAGUAGUUCCGAUUCAGAAACCGUGGUAAGAGUACAUCAACCGAACAAGUCACGACGACGUGUCGGUGGAUCGUCUGAUUCAAGUAAGUCUUCUACCGAUUUAUCAGAUGUUCCUGACCAAAAUUUAUCACAAUCGGAGCAUCAAACUGAGCAAGAAUCUCAGCAAAACGAAAAUGUUCAGCCUUCUACUAGUAGAACUGAGAUAGAAAGAUCUACUCGUACUUACUCAUAAUUCCCAGUCUAAUAGUAACAACGAGCCAAACCACAACGACUUCGAUAGUCAGGAUUGGUCCUCUACACUAGUUGACAUUCCAGAAUUUAAUUUUGAUUCAUCAAUAGAAGGCAUAUCAGUAAACAAAGAGAAUGUAAACAAUCCUCGGGAUAUGUUUGAUAUUGUUUUUCCUAAACAUUUCGUCGAUUAUAUUGUGCAAUGUACAAAUGCCUAUGAUAAUAAGUUGUGUUCUACUAACAGACCCCACACCAGACAUAGUCGAAGGGCUGUAUUUCGAGAGACCAAUAAUGAAGAAAUAUUGAAAUUUUUGGGUCUAUGUUUGCUGAAAGGACAUGUUAAAUGCCCUAAACAACGCAACCUGUUUACCUACACAAAUCAUUUGUAUUAUCACCCAAUUUUUACAUAUGUUAUGUCUGCUAGAAGACAUGAGCAAUUAUUGCGUUGUCUUUACGCUUCUGAAGUUGAUGCUAAGGGAUCAAGAAAAAUAACUCCGUUUAUUGACACAGCUA